AUGCCAUUCGUCGAGGCGACACACUCACUCUUCUUCGUCCAGGUCAAAGUUCUUCCGGGGUUGCCUGCAACGGUCGGCGGUGAUCUCUCCAUGCUCUUUGUCGCGACCGUGACGCGAACUGCCCUUUCACUGGACUUCUCCGAACAUUCUCGCUCCCUUGAAUGUUCUCUUCCUUCUGAUUCUCCGGGAGCGGAAGAACUUACCCGGUAUAUCCCCGAGUACAUCCCCCACGGGGAAAUGUGCUUCGAUGGUGUUUCAAAAUUACGGUGA